AUGGAGUCGUCGCCGCUGAGGAGAAGCAAUAGUACGGCGUCGGUAGUAGGCGUCAAACGUCCUGCACCCUUGCUACCGGCCUUUGAACCGCUGAGCUCGUCGCCAUCGCUGCCGCGGCCGCAGAAACGGCUGGCCCGCGAGUCUCAUGGCCUGGUCUCGACGUAUCCGACGCCCGUGCCCACCUCGUCGACGCAUAUCAUGUCAUCGUCGCCGCCGCCCCGGAUGAUGCCGCUGCCUCGACCGGUCUCGCGCCGCGCGAUUCCCGCCGUCUCGUCGGAACGGGCACCAUUGUCCGAUGUGCCGACCCUGGUGCUACGGGAGGAUGGGGAGCCGGUGCUGAUGGGGCGGUCGAGCGCCUCGUGUCAGCAUCAGUUGUCUGCCAACCGGAUGAUCUCCAGGGUUCAUGUUCAGGCGACGUAUAAGCCGGCCCCGAACCCGUUCGACCGCGAACGUGUCGAGAUUCUGUGCAUGGGGUGGAACGGGAUCAAGAUCCAUUGCCAGGGAAAAACGUACGAGCUGGCCAAGGGCAAGACCUUCACGUCCGAUAUCAAGGGUGCGGAUAUCAUGAUCGACGUACACGAUGCUCGUGUGCUUCUGCAGUGGCCGCGGACCCAGCCCAAGGAAGUUGCUGUCCCCGCUGUUCAUGUCAAUUCUGAUCAGACCUGGGAAGAGGAGGAGGAGGAGGAGGAGGAGGAUGACGACCCUACCCCGACUCGCAACGGACGUGGUCAUGCUACUACACUUUCAGACAGCCCGCUUGCGGACCGACAGCAGCGGCUGGCAUCGCCCAUUUCGCCCUCGCCUGCAGUCCAGUCACUCAUCCCGCCUUCAUCACCGUUGUUUACUCCCACGCGGGCCCGCAACUCGGUGGUCGUCUACGAAGACGAGCCAUCGCCGAUCCGUCGGAGUAACACGGUCGACGGUUCCAUAUCCAAGCGCGCACAACACGUCCUCGGAGACGAGUCGUCGUUCGAUAGCUCGCGCUCCGAUGACUUUUCCGACCACGAUGAGGAGAACGAUCCCAUCAUCCAUUCCUUUGGGCCUUUUGGGGAGAACCUUCUCCCCCGAAUGGCCUCGUUCAGCGCCCACGAUUCACCCAUUCGCUCAGUACGGCCUCAACAGCAGCCGUCAAAGCCCAUGCAAUCUUCUCCUCGUCGGUUGUCCAAGGCCAUUGCUUCCGUCACCUCGGUAGAAGAUCAAAAUGGUGGCAAGGCGUCCAAGAUCAGCGAGGAGAUCGAGCGGAUCCAGAACCACGCGGUCAACCAGCUGGCCUUCUCGCGGCUCUCGUCCACACCCUUCUCCACCCUCCUGAACAACCUGCCCCCGGGUCUGUGGCGGAGGGAUGACCGCAAACCGGGCCUGUCCACGGCGGAGAUCCGCACCGUGUUCGAGUCCACCAAGUGUAUUGGCAAGGUCGCGCGCGAGGGCAAAGACGCCGCGGGCAAGGCGCUUGAGGCCGAGUACUACUACGUGCCCGACUUUGACGACGAUGACAUGCGCCGCGAAGCGGUGGUCCACGACCUGCGCAAGCCGGGGCUCCGCAACUGCAGAAAACAGCACAAGCAAUAUUUCUGGCGCAAGCCGAAAUAG